AUGCUGGGUACCGCGUUCCAUAUGGAUGAAAUCGAAUUGAACCGUACAGAGAAAUUGGCCCAUAACCAACCACGCGGAAUCAGUACGAAUUGGUGGUUAUUAACGAUUGCAGCUAGGACCGUCGCAUUAACGUACCUUUUAAAGAACGGUGACGCUCGAAAUAUGAGUGAAGACCAGCCGGCAACUCAAGAUGUGGAAGCUUGUGCAUCCAAUUCCACAAGGGCAGCGGAAGCCAAUGACGACAAUCAAAAAUGUGAGGAGCCGAAGAACGGUAACCCGAGAAUACUACAGAGGAUUGAGACUGUCCCAGAUAUAAAGAAGGAUACUUCCGGAAUUACAACACAAUAUAUCGCAACAGGAAUAGUGAAUCUUGGAGCAUUUGCAUCUGGUGCUUGCAUAGCCUGGUCAUCAUCAGCGCUUCCACUUUUACACCAUAUCGAUGUAAGUAAAAAUUAUUUCCCAUCUCUCGUAAAUCUCCGCAGCCGCGUGGCUUGCGCGCCGGUUUCAACGUGUCGUCUUCUCCGAGUUCCUAAGCUCCCGGUCCGGUGA